UUCAGUUCAGCCGCCAUUUUAAGUCAAUGAGUUUCAAUUCUAGCGCAUUGGACGGAGAACUGGAACCAAUUCAACCAAUUUCUCUUCUAAAUCACAACUAGGGACUUGAAUAUGACCUGAAGCGCAUCCUUAAGUCAUUAAUCAACUAGAUCCACGUCAAGUUACGCAUAAUCCAGUAGAAUCCUGCCUCGAUUUUAGCCUUAAAGGCAAUUGCUAGUUAAGGAGAGGAAAUGGCUGUGGAAAGCAUGACUGUCCAUCCAAACUCCCCAACUACCAACCACGAACACAACAGCCUCACUGACGAAAGAUGUGAGGAUGGUGAAUUAGAGGAGGGUGAACUUGAGGACGAUGGGGCCGAACCAGAAUCCCCCCAGAAGGAGGAGGGUGACACUGUUGCGAAAUCAACACCACCACCACCACCACCACACCAUAACAAGGACUACCCUGCCAGCGGCUCAGACGAGGAGUCAAAAAGUCAUCGCCGCAAAAGGAAGAGAAAAAAGGAACGGGACCGGGAUAAAGAGAAGAGAAGGUCCAAGAAGAGGCGCAAGUCAUCGAAACACAAACGUCAUGUUUCGUCCAGUGAUGACCGCUCUGACUACAGUGAUGACUCGGACUACAGUACCAAUGAGAAGAGGAAGUACAGGGAAUACAGUCCCCAGUAUUCAGCCUCUUCUCACGGAGGUUAUCCCUCGGGGGUGUCCUCUGGCGGCCACGGAGGCGGUAAGAAAGGUAGUUACAUGAAGAUGGAGAAGCAGCAAGGCGGCUACGGAGACUACGACGAGUACGAAGACGAGCACUACGAGGGGGAAGAGGACGACGAGAUGGCGGAGGACGAUUACGACGACUUCACCAAGGAGCUCAACCAGUACCGCAAGGCUAAGGAGGGCAGCAGCUCGGGAGGCCCUGGUGGUCCCCGUGGGGGAAGAGGAGGAAGAGGCAGACUGAAGAAUCAGAGAGGUCGUGGGAGGGGAGGGAUGAGGGGCCGCGGGGGCCGAGGAGGAAGCAGAGGAAGAGGAGGUCGGGGGAAGAAUAUGGAGGAGGACGACUUCUCUUACGGAGAUGAAAUGGAGUAUGGUGGUGAUGAGGACUUUGAAAACAUAGGAGAAGACGAUUUUGAGGAUUAUUCUAAAGACUCGAAUCCGUAUAGAAAAGGCAAGGAUCGUGGGCGUGGUGGUAAACUUGGAAGGGGUCGCGGCCGAGGCAAAGGAGCGCGAGGGAUGAACCGCGGCCGAGGAAGAGGCAGAGGAAGAGGGCGCGGAAUGGAUCAAGGAAACGAUGAAGAGAACAAUGGAGAUAUGGACAAUGGAGAUAAUGGCGGAGGGCCGCCGCGACGAAAUGAUCAAGAGAAGCACGGGCCGGAGAAGAAGGGCAAGGCCAUCUGCAAGUACUACAUAGAGGGCCGCUGCACAUGGGGAGAGCACUGCAACUUCAGCCAUGACAUCGAACUUCCUAAACGAAAGGAGCUCUGCAAAUUUUACAUCACCGGUUUCUGUGCCAGAGCGGAGAACUGUCCAUAUAUGCAUGGGGACUUCCCCUGCAAGCUCUACCAUACCACUGGCAAUUGCGUGAAUGGAGAAGAAUGUAUGUUUUCUCACGAGCCCUUGACGGACGACACUCAAGAGUUACUAGACAAGAUGCUAGCAGAGGAUGCUGAGGCAGGCGCUGAGGAUGAAAAGGAGGUGGAGGAGCUGAAGAAGCAGGGUAUCAACCCUCUGCCAAAACCACCUCCAGGGGUGGGCCUUCUUCCCACGCCGCCCAGACCCGUGUCUGGACCCGACUGCACCACCGGCGGCCCAGGUCCUGGUCCUCCAGAAUUUGGAAUGUCCGGGCCGCCUCCCUCGACCGGCGGCAUGCCCCCCCAUAACAACGGUCCUCCUCCGGGGGGGAAUAUGAUGGGCCCCCCUGGAGGUUUGUGUCCGCCUGGGCCCCCUCCGUGCCCCCCCGGGCCCCCACCUCCUUGUCCUCCAGACGGUCCCGGCGGCCCGUUUCAAGGUUGUCCUCCUCCCCCGAACCAUGGCGGCGGCACCCCUCCUCAUCACCCGCAGAUGGGGCCCCCACCACCGCCUUGUCCCGGAGCCGCGGGGAAAAAGAUUCCAUCUUUGUUUGAGAUUGUGGUGAAGCCCACGGGACAGCUAGCGCAGAAGCUAGGAGUCAGGGGUCCAGUGCCUCCUGGGUCCGGUGCCCCAGCUGGUGCCGGGGGUGGUGUGCCUCAGGGAGGACCCCCGCCUCAUUUCCCGGCCCCUCCACACCCCGGUGGCAACCCCAUGGAUAUGCUCUCAGGAGGGAGCCCCAACCAAGCUAUGGGUUAUGGGACCGGGGACGGGCCUCAAGGUAAAGAAUAUCACGGAGGACCUGAAGAAUGUGAAGAUAUGGAUCAUCAGUCCUCCCGGACUCAUGGGUUGGGUGACGGUGGGGACUGCUCCUCCAACGGAGCAGCCGACAGCCACGUGCCCGUCCCAGACUUCCUGCCCCCUGCACAGCGCGUGCUGUUCAUGAGGAUUCACCAGAAACAGCAGGAAGAGGAGGAAAACGCAAAGAGGCUCGCAGCAGAAGUCGCAGCUCAGAAAGAUGUCGAAGGUGACUCUGCCAACUGGUACUCCAGUGAGGAUGAAGACGGUGGCAGCAGUGUCUCCUCCAUCAUCAAGACGUUGCGACAACAGAGCCAGAGCACCAGUAACAAACCCGAGGGUCCUCCCCCGGCAGCGUCGGCAGGAGGGGUGUCUGAUCCCCGGCUGGCUCGUCCAGCCGAUCCGCGAUUAGCCCGCGACCCGCGUCUUUCCCGGAUGACUGAGUCUUCUGAACCAAACCCCAGUGCCUUGCUGUCUCCCCCCUCUUCCUCCUCCUCCUCAUCCUCCUCCUCGGGUCCCGUGGACCCUCGCCUGGCCCGCAACACACAAUCACAAGAACUCAAAUCCGAUACGUCCACCACCUCCCUCGUGUACAAGCCCCCGGCCUCCGCCGCUGCUGCUGCCGCCACCACCACUACGGCGGCGGCCGAGGAGGAGGAGGGAGAGCGGGUUCUGCGGGAGAAGCCGGCCCCCAUCCCCCUGGACCCUCUCAUGGGCAUGGCCCUGCGCGACCCCCGCUCUCAGCUGCAGCAGUUCAGCCACAUCAAAAAAGACUUCAGCCUCGUCGUGCCGCAUUUUUCCAAGACCGUCUUGUGGAAUCCCGAGGAUCUAAUUCCCGUUCCCGUUCCCAAGCAGGAGUUUUUGCCACUUCCACCCGGAAUCCCCCCUGUCGGUGUCGUUGUCGGGGCAACCUCCUCCUCCUCCUCCUCCUCUUCGUCGUCCUCCUCCGCCAUGGACCCUAGACUCUCACGCAGCAUCAUCACCACACAUCAGCCGCUUCACACACCAACACCACCCUCCCUACCGCACCCUGUAGAAACUAGCCAGUCGUCCAGCUCCUCAGCAACGUCAUCCCUUCCAGACUUUGAACUGCUCUCGCGUAUCCUCAAAACCGUCGGUUCCUCUCCAGGUUCUCAAACUAGUCCCGGCGCAGGAGGUGGUGGUGGUGGUGGGGCUGCCUCUGGUGUUCAUUCGGCAGCAGCCAUGGCUGCCACCUCAGCUCCCGUGCAACCUCCUGCCAUGCCUCCCGAAAAACCAGUAGACCCUCGUAUGGCCCGCAAGAUGGCGUCAGAUCCCCGGCUGCAGCCGCAGAAAUCUGCUCUGAAGCCGCCACCGCUGCCGCUGCCGCCUUCACUGGAGUCCACUGGGCUUCCCCUUCCUCUAGCUGACCCCUUGGGGGCACGCGUGAACAGCCCCCCCACUGCUUUGACCACCACCACUAUUGCACCCUACGAUCCGCGCAUUUUGUCAGCGGGUGGCGCUGUGGGCGGCAGAGGGGGAACGGGAGCCGCCACGACUAACAGCAGUGUGCUGAGCGGCAUCAGCCUGUACGACCCCAGGACUGCGGAAAGUACGGAAACAAGUUCGUCGGGACAAUCGGCAGCAGCAUCGAGUUCAGCGGCUUCCUCAACCGAACCCAAAAAACCCAGCUCUGUUGUCGGCGGGGGCGACGCGGUGGUGGUCGUCAAGGCCAAGCCCAAAGAGCCGCUGUUUGUGCGUAAGUCAGCCCUGGAUCAGCCCGAGCCUGAGACUGUCGAGCCAACCACUGACCGCUACAACAGUUAUAAUCGGCCGCGAAUAGCCCAAAAGCCGCCCCCGAUGUCCUCCGGGACGCCAGGAGGGCCCAACAACGCCGCGAGCUCGGCUCCGUCCGCGUCCGAGCAGCAGCAGCUUCCCGCGGGCGUCCACAACCUCCCCGUUUCCGCGUCUCUUUUUCACAUGGUCAAACAGGCCGGCAAGACCGGCUCGGGCAGCCCUUACGGCGGCAACAGCCCGGCGCAACCACAACCAGACACUGCGGAGCAGGACGCUGCCUCACUCAAAGAUGUGUUCAAAGGCUUUGACCCUACGGCCUCCCCGUUUUGCCAGUAGCUAAGCCACCCCACAAAAACCCAUCUGUUUUUGUCAUUUAGACUUCAGGCAGUUUUCUGGUGUGAACCGAACGGUCAGCUUGUCAGGCCACCUUGUCAAACUGUGUUUAAAAGAAAUAUCUGGUUUUCGUUUCUUGAAAUUGGCAAACUUGAUUUGGUUUUUUUGUUUUUUGUUUUUUUUUUACGUCCCCAAAUCAGGUUUGAACAGACAAAUGCUCAACACUGACAACACCAGCGGAGAACCGGGCCAACCCUGCUUCAAUAUAAGAUGUCUGUAUUGAAAACGACCCCAACCCCUUCCCGACCCUUUGGAAAUCUCCAUGCCCCUUAUAUUAAUUCCCUUACUUUAUGUUUAACAAAGACAGUAAUUGAUUUGAAUCUCAACUUACACUGGGAGAUCGAGGUUAUAUGGUUAACAAAAGUUGUGCACUGUUUCACCAAACUAUGCCGAUAAAUAGUAUAAUCAUUUUGUUGAGUUGUAUUACAUGUAAGUUGAAGAAGGUAAGUCUGCACACUGUGAAAUAAGCUCCAAAAAUCAACUUUAUUAGAUUGAAGCAGCAACGUUUCGAUCUCCCUGGAUCUUUGUCAGGCACAUCUGUAUUUAUGUUUUGGAGCCUAAUUCGCAGUGUGCAGACCUACCUUCUUAAAGGUGGGGUUGCAGGUUAACCAUUUUAAUAAUAUGUACUAUUUUGACAUCACAUUGGGGGUUCCGCAGGCUCAUAGGAGUCUAUGGAGAACCUUAGAAUCCUAAGGUUCUACAACGUGAUGUCAUACCUGCAACCCCACCUUUAAACUGUCUGUGACACUUUUGUCUGGCACUUGCAACAAGUGACAUUGGAUGUGCGCACUCUGCCCAAAACAGUUAUAUUACCUGCACCUGUAAACCAUCGCCCCAGGAGUGUUCCCUGUGUUGCCUUGAACAGAUUGUUAGCUUUAAACUAAGUCUUUUAACCCUUUCUGUACCUGCACUGUAUGAACUCUUAGUCUGAUUGUGCGUUGGUUGGGUCGGUCAGCGUGGUAGUCUUGGGGUAUCGUUACACACGUCAUGAGGUAGUGGUAAAUAUUCUAAUAGAAGAGCCUGGAGUUCUCAUUUUCUUAGCUAAAUGACUCCUGUGGAAUAUCUAUUAGCGGAUUUAUCACUUCCAGUAGGUUAACAUGCACACCUGUGUCAGCCCUGUAUAUCAGCUCGACUCCAGAUUGCCACUCUGUAAAAUCUUUUUUUUGUGGAGCUGCUGUUUGUUUGUCCACAUGUGAAAUAACAUUUUAUUUUAUUUUUUUAAGAAAAUAUACUUGCACAUGUGCUCCUUAAAGACGUCGUCACAAACAAAGCAAUGGUUUUGAAAGUGUAAUGUGUGCAGUUCCUGCAAAUUUCUACGGUGGUUUAGUGGAAUGCACUGAUUCUGCAUCAACAGAAAGGGGGAAAGGUUUUUUUUUCUUUUAUUUUCAAAAGGAACAUCCCUACAUAUAUUUUUUUUAAUUGUCCGAUGUACGUCUAUUCAAACUUAUUAUUAUAGUUUUGGGUCCCCUCUGCUCUGCCCUAUGGAAAAGGACUUUUGUAUAAUAAAUAGUGUCAAUAUUUGAGAAGCUACAUUUUGUACGUCGUCACUGUAGAUAAAGUCAAUUAUUUAAUAAAAGCAAUUCAGUAUGCUCAGUAAUGUAUAUUAAAGACUCAGAGGAUG